AUGAACCCUCGGCUCGCUAAUCCCGCUGUCUCUUGCCACCAUCACCGCCAGGCCGCCUGCGGUCUCUGCCAAGGAGGUUUUGUGAAAUUAGCAGGGCUUCUUUUGGCAACACUGGUUUCUUGGCACUUGGGAUAUUUUCUCAGUGCUUUGGUACCUGAGGAGGUGAUAUCAGCAUCUAUUACUAAUCUUCAAGAUAUCGGAAAGAAACCAGUGAUAAGGGCCCCAAACCCAAAAAGGCAGAAGUGUGAUCACUGGUCUCCCUGCUCACCUGGGAGCUAUGCCUAUCGAGUUCUUAGCGGUGGUGGCAAGGAAAAGCUGGCUAAAAUUUGUUUUGAGGAUGAGCUGCUCAUAAGUGAAGCAAAGGGUAAUGUUGGAAGAGGUAUAAACAUUGCCAUUGUGAACUAUACAACAGGAGAAGCUAUAUCGACAAAUUUUUUUGACAUGUGGACUGGAGACCACUCUGCAGAGAUGAUGGCUUUCAUUAAAAAUGCACCAGAAGGGUCACUGAUUUUCAUGGUGACCCAUGAUGAUGGAAGCACCCGAUUGAGGAAUGAUGCCAAAAAAUUAGUAGAAGAGCUGGGAAGUAAAGAAAUACAGAAUAUGAAGUUUAGGUCAAGCUGGGCCUUUAUAGCUGCCAAAGGCUUCAAGCUACCAGACAAUAUCCAAAAAGAAAAGAUAAACCAUUCUGACAAGAACAACAGGUACAGUGGCUGGCCAGCUGAAAUCCAGAUAGAAGGCUGUAUCCCAAGAAACCUGAUCUGAACAAAUGAAUACCUUACUAAUAAAGACAGUUUUAUAUUUUUAUACAUAUGACUCUAGCAGGAUGCCUCCUGAAACCUAUAAGCCCUGAACACUUAUUGUGAAAUAAGUCAUAUGUACAGUUUUUAGGAAUUCUUUCUUUACAGGUUUUACGCUGGUCUGAAAACAAAUAGAUAUUGCAAUGACAAGUGGAAAUUAAAUACUCUGGUUUGGAAUUACAGUGUUCAGGAGAUCAGUCAUAAAACACCAGGAUUAUUGAAAGUGAUUAUAUACUGUCAUUAGUAAUUCUAAUUUCUGUUAUUUGUUUGUUUUUACUGUGUGUUUUCUUCUGGUUGUCUUUA